GGCGCGGCCGGCGGGAGUCUCCGGAAGCCCCGGAACAGCCCCGGGCCGGGCGCGGGGCCCGUCCGUCCGUCGCGCUCAUCCCCAUGGCUCGGAGCGGGCCGCGGCGGCGGCGGCGCUAACAGGCCCCGGGCCGGGCCGGGCCGGCGGGCCUGCUUGGGGGCCCAGGCCCGAGGGCGAGAUGAGCGCCCUCCUAGAGCAGAAGGAGCAGCAGGAGAGGCUGCGGGAGGCCGCGGCCUUGGGGGACAUUCGGGAGGUGCAGAAACUGGUGGAGAGCGGGGUGGAUGUGAACUCCCAAAAUGAGGUCAACGGCUGGACCUGCUUACACUGGGCUUGUAAGCGCAACCAUGGCCAGGUGGUCUCUUACCUGUUAAAGUCAGGAGCAGACAAAGACAUUCUUACCACAAAAGGAGAGAUGCCUGUCCAGCUAACUUCCAGGAGAGAAAUCAAGAGGAUCAUGGGAGUGGAUGAGGAGGAUGACGGCGAUAACCUUCCCCAGCUGAAGAAGGAGUCAGACCUACCCUUUGUCCCCAACUAUUUGGCCAAUCCAGCCUUCCCUUUUAUCUACACCCCCACGGCAGAGGAUUCAGCCCCACUGCAGAAUGGGGGCCCCUCCUCACCUCCUGCCUCACCUCCAGCAGAUCACUCCCCUCCAGUGCUUCCUCCAGGGGACCCCCCCCUGCUUGGGGCCUUUCCACGGGACCAUGCCUCUCUGGCCCUGGUUCAGAACGGGGAUGUGCCCUCUUCCUCUGCCAUCCUCAGAACGCCCGAAAGCACAAAGCCGGGCCCUGUCUGCCAGCCACCGGUGAGUCAGAGCCGCUCGCUCUUCUCCGUCCCGUCCAAGUCCCCUGUGUCUCUGGAGCCGCAGAGCGGGCCGCAGGCAGGAGCGGUGCCGGCCUUCCAGCCAUUCUUCUUCACUGGCGCAUUCCCGUUUAAUAUGCAAGAGCUGGUACUCAAAGUGAGAAUUCAGAACCCAUCUCUUCGAGAAAACGAUUUCAUUGAAAUUGAACUAGACCGACAGGAGCUCACGUACCAGCAGCUGCUCAGAGUGAGUUGCUGUGAGCUGGGCGUUCAUCCUGACCAAGUGGAAAAGAUCCGAAAAUUACCCAAUACACUAGUAAGAAAGGACAAAGACGUUGCUCGACUUCAAGAUUUCCAAGAGCUGGAACUGGUUCUGAUGAUCAGUGAAAAUAAUUUUCUAUUUAGGAAUGCUGCCUCUACUCUGAUGGAAAGGCCUUGCUACAACAAGAGAGCUUCAAAACUGACUUACUAAUGCAGCAGGGACUGCCACCAAGUAGUGGGACAGUAUGCUGUCCCCUCUGGGCCCAGGACAAGCCAUUGCUCUCAAUGCCUUGGACGCCCGGGAAAGUCCCUGGUGCCACUGCACAGUCCACACUCACGUCAUUCUGCCAAGGUAGGAAGCCCCUGACCCCACGCAGCGGUGCCAUCCUUCCAAGCCUCUUGGUGCACAAUAAACCUAUUGCUUGAAGCUGUGAGCAGCGGAGAAGUGGUGUGGAGAGGCAGAAGCCGCCGGCUCUUGACUCAGUGUGUUUUGUGCGCCGAGUGUAAGAGUUGUCUGAAGCCGGGAGACAGCAGAGCCUCUUUCUGGCCACUCUUGUUGGCAGCCACACCUGAAGGGCCGGCUGGGGCGUGCUUUUCUCUUGGUGGUUCCUACCCACAACUCUCCUGAAAUAUGAAACAGUUUAGGGAGGAAAAUUGGGGAAAGCACAGGUACUAGACAGAUUUUAGUGUGACUUGUGACUGUGAGUUUCAUAUUAACGUAUUUAUAAAUGUUAACUCAGGUUAAAAAAUAUUUAAGAUUGCAUAUACCUAACUGUACAUAGGCUAUUAACCAAAAGAGCUUCCCCACCUCCACGUUUUCUUUGUAAACUUAACCACUGACAGCUUCUGGCCACCGGUGCCACAGCCGUCUGGGCACUGAGCCCUCACCGCCACCAGAGGGAGCUGUGCGCUUCCCAAACGCUGAGCUCCUUGAGCAUAGGCGCUGCCUGUCCACCUGGUGACCUGGCAGUUUGCGAAGAGCACAAACACCACCUGUCCAUCUUCUCUGCUUUUAUCUUCCACUGGAGACAAGAAGCAAUUUUUGAGACCGACUCUGUGGCUCUUGUAAAGGUUAGAGCAGGAAACUGAGUUACAGGAAUUAACAUCUUUAUUUUUGUAUCAAAGAUAAAGGUUAUUUUGAAAUUAUUAGGAUUUUUACGCAACUCUGAAACCUGCUGUUGUAAGCAAAUGGCCCUAUCUUAGGGAUUCCACCACCACCACCACCACCCUCACUGACCCACUUAACAGUCAGCGGGGGUGCCCAUCAGGCUUUGUUCUGGAUCAGAGUCUUGAGCAUGACAGAAGAGGGGUUUUUUGUUUGUUUUUUUAAAGACUACAUUCAAGGAUUGUGUUUUCUUUCCUUCGGUGUCAGUAGUGGGCAAAGCCACUGUCUGGUUGAAUCAGGCAGCAGAGCUUCAGGAAUGAGGACGAAGACACUCAGACAAACGGGAGUGUAGGGCUCAGAGCCCACCGUCCAGGGGUCUCCCUGCUGUCUUAAGCAGCUUCCCCCCCAUAGUGCCUAUAGUUUCCAAAGAAACUGAACCUUUGCCCUUGUUAACUGCAUGGAACGAGGAAGAUGGAAGUGGGAUGUAAGAUAAGGGCCUCCUGCUGCUGCCUAAAUGAGGAUCUGAGCCUGAGGUGUUUUCAAGGCCACCUCAGGGUGCCUCUCAAUGCAGCCUUCAGUGUCGUCCCCCCUUUCCCCCCAGUUCCUGAUGUAACUUACUCACCCUUGUACAGUGUUCGCCUAGCAGAGUCAAGGUCACUUACUGCCCCUUCUCUGAAGUGCUUUCAGGAAGAAACCUCCUUUGUGUUUCAAGCAAUCAGAAAUUGUUCUGUCUAGACACGAUACCUUUUAAAUUUUUCUUGGCUGUGGAAAAAAGUUGCAACUCGCUGAUCAAUUAAGGCUGGUUCUAGCCUGGAGGAAAUCAAUGCAGUAUUAAUUCACGUCUAAAUCACUGGGGUUACAACUCUCUCAGCCAUCCAGAGCAAUUAGCAACUCUCAGAAGCAGUGGCAGUCCAUGGCUGGUCAGCGCCCAUAUUCAUAUCACUAGGGUCCCUCCUGGCUUCAGAGCAGUGGCCCACUGGGAGCCCCCGACCCACUGGUCUCGGCUGGAGAGCCCCCUGGAGCCACCAGAGCCCUGUGCACUGAGGCGGGUUAGGAGGGCACAGUUGCCGGUAGGUGAGUUGAAAGUCUUAAUCUAUGCAUCCAGAGAAAUAUUUUUAUAUGGUUUUGUGUAACUCAUAACACAGCCUUUUUUUCUCUUAGCUCUGUUAAUUGGCGUCGCCCCCUCCUCCACCGCAUAUUUAAAGCAUGUGUUCACACUGUGUAAACAUUCACGGGAGAUCUUUCUUUGUGCAGUGCUGACUGUUCAAACCUAACACGUAUUAUUAAAAUUGAACAUUAACCGAC